UAGAAAUAACACAAACUGAUGGCGUAACGAGGUCGAAUAUUACAUUUGUAAAUCAACACAAUUUCAAAACGCUCGACGCUGUAGAACUACGAUAAGAGAGCUCUGAAAAUGUCAACUUAAUGGUUAACUUAACAGUUCAGUUCGUAUUUGUCGCUAUUAAGAAGAACUUCUAGUAGCAGCUGAAUUAUUAUUAAUACUCUCAAAAAUGAACAUGAAAUUUGUUGCGGUUUUUCUAAUGUUGGUUGCUUAUUUUGCCCAUUCCUGGGCAUUAAAAAAUGAUGUAUGCGGAUUACCACAUUCACAGGAUGGCGAUGGAUUUUAUGUGUGUAAGGCACAAAUUCCCAAGUGGAGCUAUAAUUCUAAGACAAAUGAGUGUGUGAACUUCACUUAUGGAGGUUGUGGUGGCAAUGACAAUCGCUUUGAAACCGAACAGCAAUGCAAGGACAAAUGCAAAGAGUGAAGACAACAAGAUGCUGUAGAUAUUUGAUUUCAUUUAGCCAAGGACUCAAAACAUUCAUUUUAUAAACCAAAUUUUUGCGAUCUUAUGAAAAAGUUAACAACAAUAAAAUGAAUCUUUAGGAUGAUGUCAUUCUUCACCGAGAACA